AUGGCUUCCGCACACGUCUCCGCCGCCCGCUACGGCAAAGACAAUGUCCGCGUCCUCAAGACGGACCGGGACGCCGCCACCGGCAUCCACACCGUCACCGAGAUGACCGUCAGCUGCCUCCUCGAGGGCGACAUCGACAUCUCCUACACAAAGGGCGACAACAGCGUCGUUGUCGCCACCGACUCCAUCAAGAACACAAUCUUCAUUACCGCCAAGCAGAACCCCGUCAACCCACCGGAGCUGUUCGCCGCCAUCCUCGGCUCCCACUUCAUUGAGAAAUACAGCCACAUCCACGCCGCCAAUGUCAAGGUCGUCACACACCGCUGGACGCGCAUGGAGAUUAGGGGGAAGCCGCAUCCGCACAGCUUUCUGCGCGACGGCGAGGAGACGCGCAACGUCGAGGCCCGCAUCAGCCGCAAGGAGGGCAUCGUCAUCAGCAGCGGCAUCGUGGGCCUGACAGUGCUGAAGAGCACUGGCUCGGCCUUCCACGGCUUCGUGCGGGACGAGUUCACCACGCUGGGAGAGACCUGGGAUCGCAUCCUGUCCACUGACGUUGACGCCACUUGGAAGUGGAAGGCAUUCCCCGAUGUAAAAGCCGUGCGGGAGGCGAGCUCCAAGUUCAACCCGGCGUGGGAGGAAGCUCGCAACGUUACGCUCACCAGAUUUGCUGAGGAUGAGAGCGCCAGUGUGCAAAACACCAUGUACAAGAUGUGCGAGCAGAUUCUGGCCGCUGUGCCGGAAACCGACCUGGUCACCUACUCGCUGCCCAACAAGCACUUUUUCGAGCUUGAUCUAAGCUGGCACAAGGGCAUUAAGAAUACCGGCAAGGACGCCGAGGUCUAUGUCCCACAAUCAAACCCCAAUGGUCUCAUCAAAUGUGAAGUUGCUCGUGGUCCAGCCUCUAACCGCGAUUCACACCUGUAA